UUAGAUUGUACUAUGGGAUGUCCAAAAAGAAUAACCGUUUCCCUCCUGUCUUUUCUGGGUUUCCUAAUCCUCUUUGGAUUUAGGACUGUUAUCACCAUGAUAAUGAUCUACGUCAUAAAAGACAACGACAAUAACAGGGCAACAUUAUAUAAAGAGUGCACCAUCAAUGGAACAGCGUUUGACCUCCAUUUAGACUGGAGUGUAGCCACUUCUCAGUACUUUAACACUGCCUACUUUAUAGGACAAGUCAUCUCCCAACUGCCGGGAGGAAUCUUAGCUGCCCGAUUCUCUCCAACAAAACUGUUCGGAGGAGCGGUAUUUAUCAGUGGAGGAUGUUUCUGGGUUUUAGCAUUUUUAAUGAAGUAUAGUCCAGUCGUGGUGUUUGUGAGCAGAUUUAUACAAGGCCUUGUAGAGGGUGUAUGUCAACCUGCCAUGAGUUCUGUUGUUUCCGCUUGGGCUCCAAAGUCAGAACGGACUAGAAUUGUGGGAUUCUCUUACUCAGGUAUCUAUCUAAGUACUACAGUCGCCUCUGUGAUAACCGGGGCCACCACGUGUUACGUCAGUUGGAACGCCGGACUUUUCAUUUACGGUGGUUUAGGCAUCAUGUGGUCACUGUUUUGGCUCUGUACAAUUUACGACAGUCCAACACUUCAUCCCUCUCUAGACGAGAAAGAGAAUCGCAUUUUCGAGGAAGAAGGUUCUCAUGUUCAAGUUGCAUCUGCAGCUGUGGCUAAAAACAUUCCUUGGACACGAAUCUUCACAUCUGCUCCUGUCUGGGCAUUAUUCCUCGCUAAUUUCACACGGUCUUGGGUUCUUGCUACGAUGGUAACCGAAAUACCUCAGUACUUCGCUGAUGUCUUUAGGCUCAAUGUGGCAUCGAUUGGAUUCCUAACAGCUUUUCCUCCAGUCCUGAUGGUUGUUUCUAUAAUAUUUAGUGGGAUCCUUUUUGACAAAUUAAUCAAAACAGAAAAAAUUUCAGUCACAUUUGGCCGAAAAUUGGCAAUUUCAAUCGGGUUUGGGUCUGAGGCUGUCGCUAUCUUAAUUUUGGGUUUUGUCAGAAGUUAUCCAGCAGCGUGUUUCCUAUUAAUUGUAGGAGAAGGAAUGGCGGGCAUAGGAAGUCCAGGUUAUAAAGUAAAUCCAGUAGACUUAGCACCUCAAUAUUCCAGUGUUCUGGUGGGGCUAGUGAGACUGGGUUUGUUAGGUGCUACCAUAAGUACAGCGAUGGCUGGAGCCCUCAGGCAAAAGAAUAUGGAGUCUUGGAGGCGGAUAUUAGUAAUUACAGGAUCCAUACAUUUGUUUGCUGUGAUAUGUUUUGCUAUAUUUGGAUCUGGAAGAGAGCAAGAUUGGGCCAAGUCAGGGUAUACCGAGAUUAAAAUUCCAGAAAAAGAAAAUAUAAGCACGUAUGGAUCUACCUCUGAAACCCCACAGAUUAAAACAGAUAUGAAUGGAAUAAUAUACAGCAACGAUAGCAAAUCUCAAAAUGGUCAUGUAACUAUUCUAAACAAUUCCAGUCAACAAUCAAACAGUAAAUAG